AUGGGAACAGCUGGCAGACCCGACAAGCCUGCGUCGCACAGGGAUCGUUCCAGAUCACGAAGUCAAGAAGAUCGUUUUAAGGAUCGCGGGCGUCGACCAGAGAGACCAGAAGCGAGAGAAGAUAGGUUCAGAGACGGGCGUGCUGACGAGAGAAGAGAUGGACGCGGUGACGAAAGGCGGGAUGGCCGAGGAGACGAGAGAAGAGAAGGUCGGGGUGAAGACAGAAGAGAUGGACGCGGAGAAGAAAGAAGGGACGCGCGGCCUGAUGAACGGAGAGACCGAGGUGAUGACAGGAGAGACCGGCCUGGGCGAAAUGAAGAUCGGAAUGCCGACCGCGGCCGACCUCCAAUCAAAACAGAGCCCAAAUCACGUGAUCGCAAAUCCAGAUUCGCCGAUGCGGAUGACAACAAGGAAUACGACUGGGGUAAAGCAGACGUUAAUAAAGAGGAUGGCAAGACUUCAGCAGAUAAGGAAAAGCCUAACUUUGGUUUGUCUGGUAAACUGACGGCCGACGCCAAUACGGUCAAUGGAGUUGUCAUCAAGUACACCGAACCUGAUGAUGCUAAGCAGCCUAAGAGGAGAUGGAGAUUCUAUCCCUUCAAAGGAGAUAAAGCAUUGCCUAUCCUGUACAUACACCGUCAGUCAGCGUUCCUGAUCGGGCGAGACAAGAAAGUGGUGGACAUCGCAUUGGAGCACCCUUCCAUUAGCAAGCAACACGCCGCGCUACAGUACCGCGCCACGCCAUUCACGAGACCCGACGGCACGCAAGGACGCAGGGUUAGACCUUACGUUAUAGAUUUAGAGUCUGCAAACGGUACUUUCGUAAAUAAUAAGAAAAUCGAAGCCCGUCGGUAUGUGGAACUACUUGAGCGUGACGUAGUGAAGUUUGGGUUCUCCCAAAGGGAGUACGUGCUUCUACAUGAGAACAGCAAGGACGACGCACAGGACGACGACCACCACGACCCACCCGCUAUUGGUGGCAAUGUCACCACCACCGAACAGUUGAAACACGAGAAACGGAUGAAGCAAGAAAUUGCCGAAGACGGCGAAUAG